AUGUCUUCAUCUCUGGCUCCCGGAAGCAGUGGCGACGCGAAGCAGAACAGCCAAAUCGAACAUCUCGAAGACCUCAGCAAGCCGGGCUUGCGAGACAAACACGAUGGCCAUGUCGAAGGCAACGCACUUCUCAUCAACCGAGAUGGAGAGGUUCGCAGGAUUCCAGUUCCGUCUUCGGAUCUCAACGAUCCCCUCCGCUUCAGACCUUGGGAGAAGUACGGCAUUGUCUUCUGCUGCUGCUGGUUCUCUAGUAUGGGUUUGUCGAUCGCAAGUGGUCUCGGUGCAAUUUUGCAUGAAUUCUUUGCGAUGUAUGGCCCUCAAGGCUAUUCUUCCGAAGACAUCGUUCUUCUGAUUACUAUUCCAACCUUGUGCAUUGGUCUCGGCAACUACAUCAUCCUUCCUCUUGCUCUGGCAUACGGUCGACGCCCAGUAUUCUUAGGAUUCAUGGUCAUCCUUCUGAUAGCGACAAUUGCUGCCGCUUUGCAAAAUAGCUAUAACGGGCAUCUUGCUGCCCGAGUGGUUCAAGGCUUGGCUACGGGUGCCUCAGAGUCUCUUCUCCCGCUGAUGCUCACUGAAGUUACCUUUCUUCACGAGCGUUCCAAAAUCUUUGGUCUUUACUGGAUGGCACAAAAUGCGAUAUCCUCUACUAUCAACUUGACCUCGUCAUAUUUGAACCAUGACCUGGGAUGGCGUUGGUAUUACUGGGUCUUCGUUAUCACCGUUGCCGUCGGACUGGUCAUUGCGUUCUUUUUCGCCUUCGAAACACAGUUCACCCGUCAACCCGAGUCGCUCGAUGGACAAGUCGUCAUCACGGACGAGUUUGGUGUCACGCGUGUCAUUCCAGACUCCGAAGCCCAGGCCUACCUCGAGGAGAUGAAUCGGUCUGGACUCACGGCUCCGGGCGCCGAUCAGGCGGCCGAGUCUCUGGAGAGAAAGUCGUAUCUACAGCGCAUCAGACCUUGGUCGACACCGCAUCCCCAACCAAUGCGAGUAAUGGUCUUGAGUUGGAAGCACAUGGCGGAAUCAUUCUCGUCUCCGGGAAUCAUUUAUGCGGUGUUGACAUCUUCCAUUGCUCUUGGCUGCGGUGUUGGCAUGUCACUGACCUACAACACUGUUCUGGUGACGAACUAUCAGUGGAAGUCGGAAGAUGUUGGGUUGAUUAAUGUUGGCGGCGUCAUUGGCGCCGUUCUCGGCAUGUUGUUCUGCACAUUCGUCGGCAAUCCAUUGGUCAUGUACCUCGCCCGUCGGAAUCGAGGCGUUCACAUCCCGGAACACCACCUGGUCGUCUUGGCUUUACCUGCCGUCAUCGGUGUGGGAAUGCUAUUACUGUAUGGCUACACCGCGUCAGGAGGGUACACAUGGUGGGGUCCGUACAUCGGCUGGACCAUCUUCCAGUAUUCCUUUACCUCUGUUCUUAUCAUUUCCACUAGCUUCGCAUCUGAAGCCGCGCCCAAACAUCCCGGGCCGGCACUGGUCGUGGUUGUGGGAACUAAGAACGUGGUCUCGUUUGGUGUGACCUAUGGGUUGACUCCAAUGGUUGAGAAAUGGGGAUAUCAAACUGCCUUUGGUGUGUUGGCUGGUAUCUUUGGCUUCAUCUUCCUACUCGGAGUGCCUGUCUAUCUUCUCAAUCCGAGGUGGCGUGCUUACAUGUCAGAAAGAGAGAGCAGAUCGACCAGAGCCUAG